UUGAAACACAUCGCCCAAGCCCAUGUCGCCGCACGCCACAGACCACCCGCCACGCCCCGGUGGUCCGACUCCCAUCGAGCGGGAGCAUCUGCGCAUCGCCAUCAUCGGCGCCGGCAUGGGCGGGCUGGGUUGCGCUCUGGCCCUUGCGAAAAUGGGCUUCGGCGACAUCCACGUCUACGAACACGCGCCCGGGCUGGGCUUCGUCGGGGCGGGGAUCCAGCUCGCGCCCAACCUGGUGCGCGUGCUCGACCGCCUGGGCUGCUGGAAGGGCAUCGAGGCCGAGGCGACCGAUGUGCUCGAAACGAGCAUCCGAGACGGCUGCUCCAACGAGGAGCUCACCCACGUUUACAUGCCUGACAUACGACAAAAAUAUGGCCAUCCUCAUUGCACCGGCCACCGCGCCUCCCUCGCCGGCGGACUUUACGAGGCGUGCAAGGCCCAGCCCGCCGUCACGUUCCAUUUCGGCCACACAUUGUCCAGCAUCGAUGCUUUCGAACCAAAGGCCGUCUUCACGGUGACACCUCGCCAAGGCAGCCCGUGUCAAGUCAUUGCCGACGUCCUUCUCGCCGCCGAUGGCGUCAAGUCUGUGGCUCGAACGCACCUGAUGCAGCGUCUCGGCGCAACCGUCCAUGUCGAGGAUACCGGACAGGCCGCAUACCGUGUCAUGCUGCCCCGCGACAAGAUGGCCGCCGACCCGGAGAUGCUGGCCCUACUCGAUAGCAACCAAGUCACGCGAUGGAUCGGAGAGAGGCGCCACUGGAUAUGCUACCCCAUCGCAUCGCGGACAAUCUACAACAUGUCCUCGAUCCAGCCAGACGUCAACUUCGCCUCGGUACCGUCCGUGACGUACACGACCAAAGGAUCCAAGGCCGCCAUGCUUCAGACGUUUGACGACUUCUGUCCGUUGGUCCGCCGCAUGCUGGGUCUGGUCCCAGAUGGGGAUGUCUGUGAAUGGAAACUGCGGGUGCACAAGCCACUGCCGGCAUGGGUUCACGGCUCCGUGGCCCUCGUUGGCGAUGCAUGCCACCCAACGCUGCCGCACCUGAAUCAAGGCGCCUCCAUGGCCAUCGAGGACGGCGCCGUGCUGGCAGAGGUCUUGAGUCGAGCACCAAGCUCGUCGCCUGACGCCAUCAACAAGUGUCUCCGCGUGUACGAACUCCUGCGAAAAGAGCGCACCACGACGCUUGUCGACCUGGCGGCUCACUCGGGGCGCGUCUUACACCUCGGCGAGGGCAGGGCCAAAGACGAACGCGACCGGGAAUUUGCUGCAUCCAGGGCCAAAGGAUCCAGCGUCCCGGACAAGUGGGCCUCGCCGGACGUGCAGAAGAUGAUAUACUCGCACGACUGCAUGCUCGAGGCCGGGGAUCGAUUUGAAGCGCUGUUCAGUCAUCUCAACCAACAAGAGCCCCCUGGAAUCGAGAGGUAG